ACAAGAAAACAAAAACUUCUUUAAGAAAAGAUAACCAUGGAAGAAACUCAAAUAUAUGAUUUUCAAGAUCCAUUUAUUAAUAUGUUGAACGAUGAUUGCUUAAAACAUAUUUUUCAAUUUUUACCAAUUGUUGACAAAAUCCGUAUAGAAAGAGUGUGUAAACGUUGGAGAAUAUUAAGUUUAGAUUCUUGGUAUAAAAUGAAGAAGAUAGAUACCUCAUACCUAUUACAAGGCUUUCCAAAACGUCAUGGAACCACUGAAUUUAUACUGAAGAAAAUAGAGAAAAUGUUAUCAAGAUAUGGCAAAUUUAUAAUAGAACUACAUCUGCCCAAUUCAGUAACAACGUUGCAGAAUCCAUCUGAUGUAGCUCCGUUUAACAGAAAACUAUUCGAAAUAGUCAUGGAACAUUGUUCUAAUCUUACUAAUAUUAAUGUUUCUAUGAUAACAAUUGAUAAAGAGAACAAACAAUUAUUUAUGGGCAAAAAGAUAACUAGGCUUACUUUGGAAAGAUCUUACGGCUUAGAUGAACAUGAAACAUUUUUCCAAGAAUAUCCACAGCUCAACUAUUUACAAAUAUUUUUUCAUAAUGACUUUGGGGGUAAGUGUUUAUCAUACUUGCCAGUCCAGACAAUGCGCACUCUUAUAGUAAGAUGUUGCUGGAAUAUUGAUGAUACUAUAUUUUCCAUGGGAUUGGCAAAGCUCGAAAAUUUGGAACAUCUUGAAAUAAGUUGUACUACAAUUGGUAGAAAAACUAUGGAAACUAUCACCAAUUAUUGCAAAAAGCUAAAAAUAUUACAAAUUUACAAACAAGAUAUGUAUCCAUCAGAUGCGGCUGCGUUACGAUUUACAAACCUUAUUAACUUGCAAACACUAAAAAUGACACACUUUCCAUUUUCACUUCUACAUUUCACUGACAUAGCAAUAAACUGUCAACAGAUUACUUCUCUAGAUAUUUCUGGUGGCUACUUUCUUGGCGAUAAUGCACUAGGAGCUAUUGCAACAUUACCAAAAUUAGAAUAUUUAAACAUUAGUUUUGUGCUUGGAAUUACCGAUUUUGGUUUGAAAAAUCUAAAGAACCUAAAAGGAUUGGAGUGUAGCGGAUGUGGACAUAUAACAAACAAUGGGAUACACAAAAUUCUUCAUUUCUCACCUCAAUUACAACUACUAGAUCUUUCCUUUUGUAAUAGGAUUACAAACAAUAUUUACGAAGCUGCGAAAAUAAUUCAUGAUAAUGAACCUAGUAAAAUGGUACUAAAAAUUUAUGUUUUGGGAACACGAAUUGUUUUAACAGAUAAACAUAAGGUGCAUCCGACAAUACAACUGAUCAAUGAGUGUUUCAAUGAGUUCUAUAUUCCUCCUUGUCUUUCAGGAAUGCUUGCAGCAAAACAUAUAUUUUUGAAUUAUUACAAAAAGCAAUAUAAGUCCUGUACGAAUUGGAGAGAACAGAUAAGAAAAAGAGAGGCCAUCUUGUUACAAUAUAUCCACCUAGAAGACGUGUAUGAGAUGUUAAUGAUUUCACCAAACAUCUAUGACAGCGAUGGAUGACAAGUAGAUCUUUAAUGGACUUCCAUAAUUCAUCGAUGAUGGACAUCCAUAUAACAUGCAUCGUGGAUAUCCACUGUAUAUCUACUAUGAAUGAAUUAUCAAUAGAUUUUCAUUUUAAUUUUUUUUGAAUUUCAGUACGACUUCUAUUGCAUUAUAGCUUUCCAAGUAGAACAUAAGAAUCAAAAUGAUAUCAAUUUGACAUCAUUUUGAUCAAACAUUGAACAAAUUUAUCAAUUAUCAGUAAAAAAAUAUUAAAUUAAUAUCAUUUUGACUAUUGUAAAGAUACACGUCGGCUGGAGGAUUUGAAAUUAUGUAACCAACCGCCACGUAGUCAGAAUCACCAGAGCUUUGUUCUUAAUAUUAUACGUAUUCCGUUAAAUAAAGAGUUUUAUACUUAUA